GCCAUUUCUGAUAAUCGAUCAAAUAUUUGAUUUUGUUGUUAGUCGAAAAUGUCAUUGAAUCCUAAAUUAUUUGCUCAUGGAAUGCCAGCACCAUUUCUCAAUGAGUUGUUCGUCUUUGCUAGCGAUGGAAUUGAAUUUCAGAUCGAUAACAUUCCUCGUUUAGGAGAAGUACAAACAAAAGGAACCAUUUACUUAUCGAAUAUCCGGAUGGUCUUUGUUGCAAAGAAUCCUAGGGACAACUUCAUUGCUUUUGACAUUCCCUUGCUUUUUGUUCAUGGCGAAAAAUUAAAUCAACCAAUAUUCUUCUGCAAAAACAUUUCUGGAUAUGUAAAUCCGGUUAUACCAGCUAAUGAUAACGAAAACAGCGUAAUUCCUCAUUCGUUUAAAAUUAUGUUCAAGGAAUGUGAUUGUGAGGCUUUCAUUCCUUUAGUUUUCAAAUUAAUUGGAAAAGUGAGACGACGUUACAGACGGUCAAGGGCAAAGCAUCGCGUAGAUCCUCUUCAUGAAGCAACCAAAACACCAGUCGAUGAGAUGACGAGAUAUGCUUAUGUCGACCCCAAUGAUUCGACAAGUAUCUUCUUGCAGCUGCAGCCUACUCCAAAGUCUCGACUUGGGUGUCGUAUGAAUCAGUCACAGCCUACUGCUGAGACAUCCAUAUAGCUCUUGCUUCAGCACAUUUCUGAGCUACAACCUCUGCAGUAACAUUGAUAAGUAC